AUGGAUCUGCCCGAAAGCCAGUGCAAGAAACUCAAGCUGAGCAACAGGGUGCCGAGCUGGGGAAUGCAAAGGGCAACCAGUGUGACCUACCAAGCUCAUCAUGUCAGCAGGAAUAAGAGAGGUCAAGUGGUAGGAACAAGAAGUGGUUUUCGUGGAUGCACAGUCUGGUUAACAGGUCUAUCUGGUGCUGGGAAGACUACAGUGAGCAUGGCACUGGAGGAGUAUUUAGUAUGCCAUGGUAUUCCAUGCUACACAUUGGAUGGGGACAAUAUUCGCCAAGGCCUUAAUAAGAAUCUGGGUUUCACACCAGAAGAUAGAGAAGAAAAUGUGCGUCGUAUUGCUGAAGUUGCUAAAUUGUUUGCAGAUGCUGGUUUGGUGUGCAUUACUAGUUUCAUCUCUCCUUAUGCUCAGGAUCGUAAUAAUGCCAGACGGAUUCAUGAAGUGGCAAGUUUGCUUUUUUUUGAGGUAUUUGUGGAUGCUCCAUUGCAUGUCUGUGAGCAGAGAGAUGUUAAAGGACUCUAUAAGAAAGCCAGGGCUGGAGAAAUUAAAGGUUUUACUGGGAUUGACUCUGAGUAUGAAAAACCAGAGCUUGUGCUGAAAACUGAUUCCUGUGAUGUGAAUGAUUGUAUACAACAAGUUGUGGAACUUCUUCAAGAGAGGGACAUUGUGCCAGUGGAUGCCUCUUACGAGGUGAAAGAGCUUUAUGUGCCAGAAAACAAGCUACAGUUGGCCAAAACUGAUGCUGAGUCUCUGUUAACCCUGGAAAUAAAUAAGGUGGAUAUGCAGUGGGUACAAGUGCUAGCAGAAGGUUGGGCAACACCCCUGAAUGGCUUUAUGAGAGAGAGAGAAUACCUCCAGUGCCUUCACUUUGACUGUCUCCUUGACGGGGGAGUUAUUAACCUGUCAGUGCCUAUAGUGCUAACAGCUACUCAAGAAGACAAAGAAAGGCUUGAUGGAUGCACAGCAAUUGCACUGGUGUAUGAAGGUUGACUCAUUGCCAUUCUCCGUAAUCCCGAAUUCUACGAGCACAGGAAAGAGGAACGCUGUGCUAGGCAGUGGGGAACGACAUGCAAGGAACAUCCCUUUAUCAAGAUGGUUAUGGAGCAAGGGAACUGGCUUGUAGGUGGAGAUCUACAGGUCCUUGAUCGUAUUUAUUGGAAUGAUGGACUUGAUCAAUACCGCCUCACUCCAGCUGAACUAAGGCAGAAAUUCAAGGAAAUGAAUGCUGAUGCUGUCUUUGCAUUCCAGUUACGCAACCUGGUGCACAAUGGGCACGCUCUCUUAAUGCAGGAUACUCAUAAGCAGCUUCUGGAACGUGGCUACCGGCGCCCAGUUUUACUCUUGCACCCCCUUGGAGGCUGGACAAAGGAGGAUGAUGUUCCUCUUAUGUGGCGCAUGAAGCAGCAUGCUGCAGUACUGGAGGAGGGAAUCCUGAAUCCAGAAACAACAGUGGUAGCUAUAUUCCCUUCCCCCAUGAUAUAUGCAGGACCAACUGAGGUUCAGUGGCACUGCAGAUCACGGAUGGUUGCAGGAGCUAACUUCUACAUUGUAGGGAGAGAUCCAGCAGGGAUGCCACACCCUGACACUGGGAAAGAUUUGUAUGAACCAACCCAUGGUGCCAAAGUGCUGACAAUGGCUCCAGGCCUCCGAGCACUGGAAAUCGUACCCUUCAGGGUUGCAGCUUACAAUAAAAAAAAGAAGUGCAUGGAUUAUUAUGACUCUGAUCACCAUGAAGACUUUGAUUUUAUAUCAGGGACCCGCAUGCGCAAGCUGGCUCAAGAAGGACAAAACCCACCGGAAGGCUUCAUGGCUCCAAAGGCUUGGACUGUGCUGACAGAAUACUACAAAUCCUUUGAGAAGGCUUAGGCCUCUUAUUAACUGCAGAUCAACCUUUGAUGCCUGAUUUGUUUACGAGAAGGGGACCACACAGUCGCCAUUCAUGUUGCUUUGUUGUGGUGUCUGUCAGGAAGUUCUCUGAAAAUAGACUCUUUCUUCCUGACUUAGCAUCAUUCUUUGCCAGCCCUUAUGGAUUCUGUUAUGUCCUGGCACCUACCUAGCUGCUGGUUUUAAUGUCUUUUCUUUUACUACAGUUAAUAUUCUUGCAGUAGAAUUUUUAACUCUUGUAUUUUUUUGUAUUUAACUGCCUCUAUCCUGAGUUCUGCAGCUUUUAAAUAGAUGCAGCUUUUUCAUAUGUUAUUUAAGCUGCUGGGUAGUGUCUGGUUUUAGUAGUC